AUGCACAACCUCAAAGUCGUACUUGCCAUCUUGACGGUUGCCACAGCGGCAGUCCGUGGCCAGAGCCUUGACGAUGAUGAUGUCCCUCCUCAGUGCCGCGACAUCUGCAGGCCAGUGAUCCAGCUUGAGCAGCGAUGCGACAACCAAUUCGAUGACGACAACAACGGCAAUGGCAACGACGAUGACGAUGAUGACAACAACAAUAACAACAACAACAACAACAACAACAACAACAACAACACUCCUGGGCCAAACAGCAACCAGCAGUAUCGCGACUGCGUCUGCCAGGGACCAAACGCCGCCCGGGCUCUGCAGACUUGCCAGCAGUGCACUGCUCAGUAUCCUAACUACUUCCUCGAUGACGAUGAUAAUGACCAGGAUGAGAAUGAGAUCGAGACCUGGUUGCAGAUCUGCGGUGUCCAGGCAGGGGGCGGCGCAAUGACACCAAUGCCAUCGGGCACUCCCACGGCCACACAGACUGGCGUGCAGUCUUUGACCACCUCUAUUCUUACCUACCCGUGCACUGACAACGACAACGACGGAAACAAUGACGAUUUGGACGAUGAUGACCAGGACACCUGCACAUCCACUGACCUUGGUCCAGUUGGCGGUGUUGUUCCACCUCCAGACAUCACUCCAUCUCCAACCUCUGUUCCAACCACCAUGGUCACCGGCAGCAUGAGCACCAUCACUCAGACCUUCGCAUGCACAGAUGAUGACAAUGAUGGGAAUGAUGACGAUGAUGACAACGACGACCAGGACACCUGCACUCGUACCACUGUCGUCCCCGUCGGAGCCAUCAUCGGCACUGGCACUAACCGCCCAACAGCUUCUGGCACUGGAGUCACGCAGUACACUGGUGCAGCGGCCAUGGCUACCGUUGUGCCAUAUGUUGGCGCUGGUGCCAUAUUCAUGCUCGCUGGCUUCGCUAUGUAA